GAACUAUUUCUUGGAAUACGUAGGAGACCGUGAACAUAUUUUGAGGACGGACAAGCAUGAGCGCUCACAUCGUUAGUCGGCAGCUUCUCAGAUGGACUCUUCGAUGUGCAAACCGCUCUAUAUUGAAUCAAAAAGGACUUGUGCGGAAUGCACUUCCUACGUCCUCCCGAGUCCUGUCUUCCAACCACUACCAGACAGGUGUUCAGCCCAACGCAGACACGUCUAAUCUUAAAACGGGCAAAGAGUUAACCCUUCGGUCACUACUUGAUAUGGGUUUCACAGAUACCCAGGCAGAGCAGGUUUGCGAUGCUGUAACCAAGAGUCGUGGGCAUUCUGACACUGCCCUAUCAACUCUCACGACACUGUUCGUACUCGGCCUCAACCCUUCCAGUGUGCUGAAGGUUUUGGAGAAAUGUCCAGAUCUUUACAGAGUGAAGGGAGCACAGUUCAAUCAGCGCAUUAGCAACCUGAGGAAACUAGGUUUGCUUGAAGGCAGUAUGCAGAGGGUAGUGAGUUACUACCCCCAGAUCCUGACCUUUCCCAUGAAGAGGAUCAACAAUGUGGUGCGCUUUCUCAGAGAAAGGUGCCUUUUCACUUUCCCGCAGGCCACAGACAUCCUGAGGGACUCACCAGCCGUGGUGGAGGAGGACCUGGGCCCGCUGGAGUACAAGUUCCAGUAUGUCUACUUCCGCAUGGGGGUCAAGCAGGCAGAGAUGGUGAGGUCCAAGCUCUUCCGGGUGCCCUUGGAGGAAGUACGCUGCAGGCACUGCUUCCUGGAGAGGCGGGGUCUGUACCAGACUCCUGACAAGAAGGGCCAGACACUCAUCCUCAACCCCAAACUCAACGACAUCCUCGGCGUCAACGAGGAGACCUACCUUGCUGAAGUUGCCAUGGCCACACAGGAGGAGUACAGCAUAUUCCGGAAGCUGAUGGAGAAAGAGUGGCAGGAGGAGGAAGGGCAGGAGAGGGACAUGAUGUCUGGAGGUGAUGAAGAGGACGAUGAUGAGGAGGAAGGAGAAAUCGAUGGAUACCAGAAAAGGAGGAAGAGAUGAGGCUGAGGAUAUGGACUUGCAGUUCAUGUGUUUCAAGUUGAUGUUGUUGCUUAUAAGUAAAUCAUUAAAAAACAACAAAAAUAAGCCCCAUAGUUGUCUAUGAAAACUGUUUUUUUUAUGAUAUAAUCUGUGACUGCACUAAAGAAUU